AUCACCUGAGGCCGUCAUUACUGUGUGAACUUUACCCACACACCACUCCUCACUCCUCCCACCUGCUGGACAGUCACAGAGUAUAACCCUGCUGAUUCAUGUAAAGGGAGAGACAGUAAAACCAGAAAAACAGCUUCAGGAAGAGGUGGAGCAACACCUGAAAGACGAGACGUUCAAGGUCGUUUUCCAGAAGUGAAAGUGUGAGAGAGCAGCAGCAGAGCUGCAGUCAAGACCUGUUAGUCUCUAAAAGAAGACUCACCGGAAAUCAUCAGGUUUCUCUCAGCAACAGUGAAAUCUGCUCAUGUAGCCACAGAUCCACUGUAGAAACAUUGAGCUCCCGUGUGAAACAGUCUCACUGUGGUCACUUGAAACCUGGUUGCAGCAGGAUGAUUAUGUUACGUACAUGACAGAACGCCGCGACUACGACAUGGACACGGCGGACUCUGAAAGAGCGAGAGAUGUCUUUCGCCUCCUGAGGCUGUGGCAGCGCAUUUCCCAUGCCUCGGAUAAACGGACUUUAUCUAUUGGAAUUAAUGCCAUUGAGGCAAUUUUUCUGGAUAACCCUCACCUGCGCCAGCUACCCAUAGCUUCGGAGUUUGCCCAUAAUCUGGCCCAAGCAAAAGAGGCACUCCAAGGCACGGAGCUGGCCCAACCCAUCACGUCACCCUCAACCACAUCCCAGCAAAAGGAUUUCUCCACACUGUCGCAGCAGAUGAAUUCUUCCAUGUCGCUGCAGCAGGGGGUGGUUGUUUCCUUGCCGCGGAAUCUCUUCCCCUCCACAUCCCGAUCUGACCCACAUUCGCCUGCCUCCUUCCCGGCUGCAAUGUGGUCAGAGGAUAAAGAGCAGGUCACCAGUUCUCCAUCAUCACCGACCUCCUCUGUUAUCUCUGCUCCCUCUUCCAGGAGAAAGCGGCGUCCACGCCACCGGCGCACAUCACCACGGCUGGAACCCAGUACUUCCUUUGAGAAACCAGUCGUGGUGAGUAAAAAAGACCUUUUUUGUGCUCCGUCCGAGCUGGGAAAGAAAAAGACUAUUCAUUCUGAGGCCAUCUAUUCCAGUUCUGUGGACUUUAAAGACUGUUUGCCUUGUGCUCCUUCCAAGCACGGAUUAACAAUAACUGCUCUACCUUUUUCUGUUUCGGACAUUGAGACAAAACUCAAGGACUCUAAGCUCUCAGUUUGUGAAUCUAGACUGACCCCCAACAAAAUUAAACUGUGUGUUUCCCAGGCCUCUGAAGCUACGUUUUGUGUUCCUCAGCUGACUCAUUCCAAGACUUUGCAUGAUGUUGUUUCUGUUUGUGCAACUCGAUCUGUUCAUUUGGAGACUGAUACACUUUCUGAAAGGACUGUUAAUAUGGACAAUAUACAAACUGUCUUCUCCGUUCCUGAGUCUGGUAGGGAUAAUUGUUUUGUUGCUGAGUUUACCUUGGGUUAUGGGAGUUCUGUUUCAGGCCUGGAUUGUGUUAUGCCCCACUCAGCUAGUAAUUCCAGGGCAGACUCUGAGUUUUGUGAGCUAACUUCAAAGACCCUACCAUCUGUGUGUGCCAAGACUGUUUUUGACGAUGCUAAACAUUUCCGCUCAGAGACUAAAACUCUUCCCGAGGUCUACCCAGAGGCUGGGCCUGUGACCUCAGCUGCAUCUGGACCAUCUGAGGUUUUGGAACCAAUGCAGCCUGUUCAACCAUCAUCUGUCUCCGCUGGGAGCUCAGGAGAGUCAUCCCAGCCACCUGCCUCUGCUGGGAGCUCAGCUGAGCCAUCUCAGCCAUAUGCAGCAGUCUCUGCUGGGUGCUUAGCAGAGCCAUUUCAGUCUCCUGUCUUACUUGGAACCUCAGACGAGCUUAUCCAGCCAGCUACGGACUCCAUUUUGCUGUCUGUGCCUGAAAAGUGCCCUAAGCACACUCUGUGCACUGCGCAGCCCCAGCCGCUGCAACCUGAGCUGGCUGUGUGCCCUGAGCAGCUCCAGCUAGCUUUGUCGUUACCAGAGGUCUCCGCAUCAUCUGGUUCUGCUCCACCAGAGGUUUCCACACCGGCUGGCUCCGCUCCAGUUUCCGCUGGAGGCUCAGGAGAGCCCAUCCAGCAGUUCCUUGUGUCAACUGGGGGCUCUGGAGAGUCUGUCCAGCCUUUGCCUGUCUCCGCUAGUGGCUCUGGAGAGUCCGUCCAGCCUUUGCCAGUCUCUGCUGGGGGUUCAGGAGAGUCUGUCCAGGCUUUGUCUGUCCCUGCUGGGGGCUCAGGAGAGUCCGUCCAGCUGCCUGCUGCUUCCACACAGCCACCAGCUCAACCACCAGCUCAGCCACCUGCACCUUCCAUGCCAUCUUCUGGCCCAAACACAUCUCCACCAGAGGUUAUCACGCUGUCUGGUCCAUCUCCACCAGAGGUCGUUGGGCCGUCUGAUCCAGCAACGUCUCUGCCAGAGGUUAUCACGCUGUCUGGUCCAUCUCCACCAGAGGUCGUUGGGCCGUCUGAUCCAGCAACGUCUCCGCCAGAGGUUGCCGCACCGUCUGGUCCUGCCUUGUCUGGUCCUGCCUUGUCUGGUCCUGCCUCAUUUGGUCCUGCUCAGCCCAAGCCAUCUGGAUCUGCUUGACCUGGUCCUGCUUAGCCCAAGCCAGAGGUUAGCAAGCCAUCUAGACCUGCACGUCCUGCUCAGUCCACAUCCUACACAUCCACGUCCUGCACGGCCAGUACAUCCACAUCCUGCAUCAUCUGCACAUCCUGCAUGUGCCAAAGCAACCCAGCACCAAUCAUCUACCAAGGCAUGCCGUCACCAGCUACCUUCCAGGCCACCAGGGCAGCCUCCUAAAUUCAUUCGUCGCCACUGCUUCCCACGCUGACGGCCUCCAGAACUGUCUCGUUGUCACCACGUCUCCCAUGUGGUCUGCCUCCAGAAAUGUUUUGGUGCUCCUGCCUUCCACACAGUCGGCCCCCUGCACUGAGUCAGCGCUGCCACUUUUCACGUGGACAGCCUCCAGAACUGAUUCAGUGCUGCCGCUCUCCAUGCGGACGGCCUCCAGAACCAUUUUGGUGCUGCCACCAUCCACACAGUCAACCCCCUGUACUUCUGGCUCUUUGUUUUGGACUCUGUUUUCUUUUGUUCUGGAGGAAAACUGGUCUUCUUAGGAGAGACAGCAUCCAUCCCACUUUGUAUGGAGCAGCUCUCAUUUCCAGAAAUCUGGCCAAAUUUAUUAAACCCCCCAAAAACGUGACUAUCCAGAGUUGGAACCAGGAAGCAGAGUUGCAGUCUAACAUGCCUCUCUGCAGCUUCCUCCUCCUGUUAUCUGUUAUUAGACUCAAUUGGCUUCUCUCAAAAUGUUUUAUUUUAAACUUUUUGAUUCUAUUUGUAAAACGUUCAUAAAUGUCUAAUAAAAAACCCAACGCACAUCAAUUCAAGGCUGAACUGAAAACCUACCUGGGAACUUUGAAAGGUUUGACAAAUCUGUAAGCCAUCAAGACUCAAAGUCAUUUUAAUACCUUUAAAGAUUUACUUUGAAAUAUCUGACAUGUACCUCUCCUGAAUGUUUCAUUGUUUGUUUUCCUCUUUAUUUGAUUUUAUUGCUUUACAUUGUAAAUUUUAUCAACUACAUAAAUACUCAAUUUGUAUUUUAUGUCAAUAUUGAUCAUUCUAAAAAAUUACUGUUUGUACAUCACUUCCUACUCUUACAUCGUUUCUAUAGCUCUUUCAAAAUAAAAGCAAAGCAGAGUU